AUGGAUGGGCAGCUCGAAUCUCCUCUGGAAGGGAACGUUGGCUCAAAAGCGGUGGGCGAUGAAGCCUCGGCGGCAUCGAAAAGUGAGGUGAUUGUUGCAAGAGGGCAGACUCCUGAAGGUAGCAAUCAGGGGGCACCAAGCAGGCGACAAAGGGCGUCGCCACAGGGGCUAGGGCGCGUUGCUGUUACCAUUUUACUUUUUGCCUUCACAAUCGGCAUCCUCUUAGGCAUAAAGCUGCCCCGGUGGGUUCAAACCGGCAUUCCCUUUCAACCCCGAGCUUUUGAGGACCCCCAGGAGCAGCAGCUUCAGUGGCAUUCGCCUUACCUGCCUCUGUCACCGAAAGAUAAAGUUGCACUAAACGCCAGCGGAGUACAUGAUGCAACUCCUUCGUUUCCACAGCUGCCACCAUACGAUGGAUGGGGUUUGCCGUUCCUUAGUCACUUUGAGCAGACGCUGUCGUCGAGGUUGAGACGAGGAAGGGAAGAAGUUUCCUUUUUGCUUCAUAAGUCGUGCUUAGGCAACCCUCAACCCGAAUACAUAGGGAAGACAGAAAAGACAUUAGCCAAGCUCCUCUCUGGUGGAACGGUGGACGAGCUGGCUGGCAUUACUGUGACCGUGACGGAUGUUAAGCCGAUAAAACCGAACGGGUCCGGCAGAGAAGGCCUUCCGGUGCAGCGGUCAUUCAGUAUCAAACGGGUGCUAAGAGUAGGCUAUCCACGGAUUUUAAUGGAAGUACAGGAUUUAGAGAGUGGGGAUCAUUUUGCGUUGCGAGUGCGAGCGGUUGCUUCAAGAAAUGUUGGCUGUUCCGACGAAAGGAAGAAAUUUGUAGAUAAGGUGAAACAGUGGGAGGAGUUGGAGGAGGCCAUUGCACGACAGGCUUCCUGCGGCACACCGGGUGAUUUGGUCGGAAUGCAAAAAGGUCUCUCCGUUCCCUUGUAUGUCGGCACUGUUACAAACUUCCCCAAUGCCACUAUAGAAGACAAUCUUGUCUUUUUCUCUCACGUCCAGAUCUUUCAAAGCUUGCACGGCGAAUUCGAUUUCGGGUCCCUUAUCACAGCCGGCCUCUCAGUGCGUGCAAAGGAGUACAUUGCUAGCCGUCUUCUCCAGAUUGCGCUUAAGGUGCAGGAGGCACUACUAAGUCACAACGGCCUUAGUUGGUCAAACAUCUACGCCAAUCCAGACGGUUCUUUCGUUUUGAGUGGUUUUGAUGCAUGCACUCCGCUCGGAAAAGCUGCUGGAAUGCUUGUAAGCUUACGUGGAAAGUACCUAGAGCCAACGCUGCGGCUUGAAGAACACGAUAAUGCAGCAGAAGCGGUGCCCCAGGCGCAGAGCGAUCUGUGGUCCUUAGGAAUGCUCCUUUACGAGUUGUUCACAGGGGAGCUGCCCUAUUCUAAUGAUGAAAGCGAUUUUCUACAUUGUGGAGUGUCAAUGGCCAGAUACCUCAUUGACGAGGAAGUGGAACCUGUAUCGCUCGUGCCCGACCUGGAUGCCGCCAACUGCCCCGACAGGUGGAAGAGGCUUAUUGUGGGGCUCCUCCAUCCCGUCAGAGGCGCAAGAUUAACGGCGUGGGACAUUCUCAUAGAGUUUCCCGACCUUGUAGGCCACCGCUUGCCCAGGUAG